AUUGAAGAAGUCUUUAAAAUUAUCUUUUACGAAAUAAAAAGACGGCGCCAAUAUCAACUUUCCCGCGCUUGCAGCACUGCAGCCAAUCGCUAUUUUUGCCAAUUACGUACUUUUUUUAGAACUCCUUUUGGCAACUUGUGUAGUGUUUGUAGCUGCAGUCUUUGCUAGGGUUCUGCCGCUGCGCCACCACACAUACGCCAUGGAAAUUCAUCAAAUUGCUCAGCUCCUCAACCAAACACUGAGCCCCGACGGUGCCGUCGUCCAUGUCGCCACGGAUGCUCUCGAUCGCCUCUCUACUCUCCCAAACUUUCCGUUCAAUCUGCUAUCUAUCGCCACAGGAGGUGAGAACGAAGGUCAGAAAGUAGCUGCAGCCACAUAUCUCAAGAACUUCAUUAGACGAAGAAUAGAAUCUACAGAGACAAAUUUAGAAAUCACCAAAGCGUUUAGAGAUGCACUUGUGCGUGCUUUGCUUCAAGCGGAACCUACGGCUCUUAAAGUAUUAGUUGAAGCUUUUCGCUCAAUCGUUGCAGUUGAGUUCGUGAAGAAGGAUUCAUGGCCUGAGCUUGUGCCUGAGCUGAGGUCUGUCAUUCAGCGUAGCAAUCUUAUUGAUAAGAAUCCCAGUUCUGAAUGGAAAACCAUCAAUGCGCUCACUAUUCUUCACUCACUCAUUAGACCCUUCCAGUACUUUCUGAAUCCAAAACUUGCGAAGGAGCCGGUUCCACCACAGCUAGAGCUUAUUACAAGAGAGAUCCUUGUACCCUUACUUGCUGUAUUUCACCUCUGCAUCGAAGAGGUACCAGAGGCCCAACAUACAGCAGAAGUGCAGACGGGAACUAUCCUUCUCAUCAUAUGCAAGUGCGUCUAUUUGGCGGUGAGAUCUCACAUGCCGUCUGCCUUGGCUCCUUUGCUUCCUUCUAUUUGUCAAGAUCUGAUUCGGAUUCUGAAUUCUUUAAGUUUAAAUGAUGGGUCGACUUGCAAAGAUGGAUAUUCAUUGAGGAUGAAGACUGCAAAGAGAACUCUGCUAAUUUUCUGUGCUCUAAUCUCCAGGCAUCGGAAGUUUUCUGACAAACUGAUGCCUGAUAUGGUGAAAUGCGUUUCAGAAAUUGUCAAGCAUAGCACAAUCAUCCAUAAACUGGAUUCACUGUCAGAAAGGAUUAUUUCAUUAGCCUUUGAUGUUAUUUCUCGUGUUCUAGAGACAGGUCCGGGAUGGCGGCUGGUUUCACCCCACUUCCCUUCCUUGCUGAACUAUGCAAUCUUCCCAGCUCUUGUGAUGAAUGAGAAGGACACAGCAGAGUGGGAAGAAGAUCCAGAUGAGUACAUAAGGAAAAAUCUUCCCUCAGACCUUGAAGAAAUUUCUGGAUGGAGAGAUGACUUGUUUACAGCAAGGAAAAGUGCUUUAAACUUGCUUGGUGUUAUUUCAUUAUCAAUGGGACCUCCAGUCAAGACUUCUACAGCUUCAUCAAAGCGUAAGAAAGGAGAUAAACAUAAAAGAAAAGGUUACAGCUCGAUGGGGGAGUUGUUGGUGCUUCCGUUCUUGUCAAAGUUUCCUGUUCCCACUGAUAACGGAGAAAACACAGUAAAUGAGUACUAUGGGGUCCUGAUGGCCUAUAGCAGCCUUUUGGAUUUUCUAACAGAGCAGAAGCCUGGAUUUGUGGACACUCUAGUCAGAACUCGGGUGCUACCACUGUAUGAAACAUCAGUUCCUCAACCAUAUUUGAUUGCCUCUGCAAACUGGGUCCUAGGAGAGCUUGCUUCAUGUCUUUCUGAUGGUAUGAGUGCUGAUAUUUAUUCUUCAUUAGUGAAAGCGUUAGCAAUGUCAGAUAUAAGGGGUGUUUCUUGUUAUCCUGUGCGGGUGACAGCUGCUGCUGCCAUUGCUCAACUUGUAGAAAAUGAGUACAUGCCACCUGAGUGGUUACCUCUUCUUCAGGUGGUUUGUCAUAGGAUUGGUGAUGAAGAAGAAGAUAGCUCCAUUUACUUUCAGCUUCUAAGUACUAUGGUCGAGGCUGGAACUGAAAAAAUUGCACCUCAUAUUCCAGAUAUUGUUUGUCUGUUGGUUAGAGAAAUCUCAAAGAAGUUACCUUUAGAUCUGGAGCCAUGGCCUCAGAUGGUGGAACAGGGCUUUGCAUCACUAGCAGUGAUGGCUCAGUGUUGGGAAGACUCUGCAUCGGAAGAAAAUGAGCAGGAUGGUUCAAGUCAAUUGUGGCGUUCUGGUCAGGCAACCAUGAUGAGAGCAUUUUCAGAUCUCCUACAGCAGGCCUGGCUAAGAUCUGCUCUACGGAUGGAACUUGAGGUUGCCUUCUCAGUGCCCCCUGCAUCAUGUGUCGAUGAUUGUUCCACAUUGCUUGGUUUCAUUUUGCAAGGAAUUACCGAAACUGACGAACUUUUGAAGCUAAAGGUCUCAGAGCUGUUGCUGGUCUGGUCAGAUCUCAUAGCUGAUUGGCAUGCAUGGGAGGAGAUAGAGGAUUUAUCUAUUUUUAACUGUAUCAAGAAAGCUGUUAGUCUAGACAGGAAAUUUGCUUUGAAGAAUUUUCUUGUGAGGAAGUUGCCGUUGCCUCCUGCUCCACCUGCUCCUAAAAAAUCCAUCCUUGAAGGAAUUGGUGCAUUCAUUACAGAAGCUUUCUCACAGUAUCCAUCUGCAGUAUGGAGGGCAGCUUCUUGUGUCCACAUUCUGUUACAUAAUCCCAGUUACUUACCUGAAGGAGACGAUUUCAAGCAAUCAUUGGUGAUUUCCUUGUGUCACGCAGCAUUUUCUCGUUUUAGAGAGCUUAGAAGCAAGGCUGUCCCUCUAUGGAAACCUUUGUUGCUUGCAAUAGCGUCAUGUUAUUUAUGUUCCCCAGAUAUUGUAGAGAAGAUUCUAGAGGGCAUCGAACCCGAAAGCGUUACAGUCUUUCUAUCCGCUUUGGCUAUUAUCUCAACAAGCAAAUUUGAGCAUUGUUUGUCAUCAGAGUCUGAGAUCAAGUUGGCUGUGAUGACACUCGCACAAUCUCUUGACAAGCUGAUAGAACAGCCAAAUGAAGGGAGUUUGUUGCUACAUGAUUGCGUUGCUUCACUGAUGGAAGCAUUUCUGAAGUUANGAAAAAUUGUCAAUGAUUUCAUAUUGUUGUCUCUUUGCGUUCAUUAUCCGUGGUUUCUGUUUGUUGGCUCCAUCAUACAGGACUCCGAAGAUGAUGAACUCGAAGAAACUGAAGAAGAGUUCUUGGAGAGAUGCGCCAAGACAGCCGUAGAAAUGGAAAACGGGACCAUUGUGGAAGAAGGAGAUGUAGAAGAUCAAGAGCGAGGAAUUGAACUGGGUUGUUUGGAAGAUGUGGAUCUGGAGAGCACUGUGCUUUCGGUAAUUGAAAGACAUCACCAAGUGCUUUUACGGCUGCAGUUGCCACCAGAACUGACUUCAAGUUUCUUGGAGGCCUUUCCUGAAUGUAAAUUAUACUUCCAACAACCUCAGCUAUAGGAUUUCAUACAUGCUCUUCGCAUUCCUCUUUUUAUAUUCGGUGUGCCUGUUGGUGGUUGAUUAUUUUGUUUAUUCUUGUAUUUGCCCUGCUGUUGUGCUGAAGUUGGGAUGUUCUAUGUAAAAGUCUCAUAACUAUUGGAGUGCCACUCGGAGUCAUUUGUAUUUAUCACACAUCUUUGUCAUAAAGCUGCAGUUGGUCCAAAAGAUUGAAUAGGUCAACAGUGAAAGAGAAGUUAAAUUUGGGAAGUUCAGAUCUCCUAAACAUGUAUCCAUUUUGUUCGAAUUAGUUUGUCCCCAAGUAGAAAUGGUGUUCUUUUUACUGUAAAAGAAAUUUAUUGUUUGGCUUUGGUGA